AUGGGUUGCUCGCCGGCUGAGACAGUAUAUGUUGACUCACACUACCUUGUUGAUCAUGAAGAUGGACCCGAUCAAAGAAGUAUAGUUGUUGACUAUUUGGUUCAUCAGCCUGUAGAGGAUUAUCAGCCAAUGAAGUUUGAAUUUCCUGAUGAAGAUGUAUUAUUUCUCAAAGAAUAUUACAACAGACCAGACCCAGAUGAAGGCCCAGAACCAGGACUGUGGUGGACGCUUGUGUUCGAUGGUGCUUCAAAUGGUGUGGGAAACGGUGUAGGAGUUGUCAUUACUUCUCCCACGGGUUUUCAUAUUCCUUUCACUGCCAGAAUCUGUUUUGACUGCACGAAUAACAUGGCCGAAUAUGAAGCUCGCAUAUAUGGGAUUGAAGCUGCUAUUUAUUUGAGGAUCAAGCAUCUGGAGAUAUAUGGGGAUUAUGUUCUGGUCAUCAUCCAAAUCAAUGGAGAUUGGGAGACUCGUCACUCGAAUUUGAUUUUGUAUCGAGAGCAUGUGAUGAAAUUGAUUCCAUACUUUGAGGAGAUCUCGUUUGAUCAUAUUCCAAGGGAAGAACAUCAUAUAGUCGAUGCAUUGGCUACUCUGGCAUCAAUAUUCAAAAUUAAAUGGGCAUAUGAGGCCCCAUCCAUCAGUAUUAUGAGGUUGGAUGAGCCAACUUUUUUCUACAUUAAUGAUGAAGCUCGGGAUGAUAAACCUUGGUUUUAUGAUAUCAAAAGAUACCUUGAAAAUAGGAAUACCCGGAGGAUGCGUCUAUUGCAGACAAGAAAACACCAAGGAAGUUUUCUGCCAGGUUUUUCUUAA